CCCCCCCCAAAAUAUAUACCUUGGAUCGUGACGUUGUCAAUCAGAGUCUUCCUCCGUUCGGUUUUGAGAGUAAACGCAAUUGGUCGGGAGAGGCAAUCAAACGCAACCGUCCGCCACAGAUUAUCGCCACCUCUGAUCUGUCUUACGCAGCCGCUGGUCAAAUAUCAUACAUAACAACCUGCUCACUGAUCUGCCUGUCACAGAUAUAGACACUUCCUAAGAAGAAAAGCCUCCAGGAAAUCUAGCAGACAACGGCAGUCGAGUCGAAACCCAAGUAAGACGUUACAGGUCUUUCAUUUUCAAAAGUUUGGUAACUUGGAAAGAUCGAUGGAGAAGCAGAUCAGAGACCCAUAACCCAUUCCAUGAAAUUCGAGAUACCAAAUAUAUAGAAACCCGAAUUUCAUAGACGUCCCCACCUUUCUUCUCACUUCUCACCACCAUCCAUGGAUCAGCACGAAGACAAUGGCCGAACCACCGCUGCGAGGAGAGGCAGCUUGGAGCGAAAGGUGAAGCCUGAAUUCGAAGACCGGAAGGCGGCCAAGGUUCUCGCUCUCGAACCCCGCGUGCAUCGCUCUCGAACCAAUCGUCAUUCCGUUGUGGAACUACCCAGAGAAGUCCACUCAAGUCCAGCCAUAACAAGCACGUCCUUUUCCAUGGCUUCUCAUCAAACUCUUCCUUCACCCUGCCCCAGUGUUUGCAAUUAUGAAGUCUUUCUAAGUUUUAGAGGUGAAGACACUCGCAAGAAUUUCACUGAUCACUUGUACUCUGCCUUAAGGCGAGUUGGAAUACAUACAUUUCGAGAUGAAGGAGAGCUCCGGAGGGGGGAGAACAUCUCUACCGAACUGCAGAACGCGAUUCAUGGAUCAAAAAUUUCCAUUGUGGUUUUGUCAAAAGGCUAUGCUGAUUCUAAGUGGUGCCUUAAUGAGCUUGUUGAGAUUAUGUACUGUGCAAAAAUCAGAGGCCAAACUCUUCUUCCCGUAUUUUAUCAUGUGGACCCCUCUGAUAUCCGAAAACAAACUGGAACUUUUGCAGAUGCGUUUGCUAGGCAUGAAGAGCUAUUUCAUAAUGAUAUGGAACGAGUGAAGGGGUGGAGAGAAGCACUUAGAGAAGCUUCUUCUCGUUCCGGCUGGGAUAUUAAGGAAGUGGCAAAUGGGUAUGAAUCAAGACUCAUAGACCAAAUUGUGAAAGAAGUUUCAAGUAAAUUGAAGCCAGCUGAGUAUUUGGAUGUUGCCAUUCAUCCAGUAGGAGUCAAUUCACGUGUUGAAGAGAUGAAAACUUUAUUAGAUCUCGAAAAAAGUGACGUUCGCAUUGUGGGCAUCUAUGGAAUGGGAGGGAUCGGUAAAACCACGAUAGCAAAAGCUGUCUAUAACCAAAUACGUUAUACAUUUGAAGGAAGCAGUUGUCUUUUCAAUAUCAAAGAAAAGUCUGAACAAUUCAAUGGCUUAGUUCAUUUGCAAAAACUUCUUCUUUUUGAUAUCUUGAAAAUGAAGAAAUUUAAGAUUGGCAGUGUUGAUAGAGGGAUAAGAUUGAUUCAAGAAAGAAUUCAAGGAAAAAGAGUUCUAGUUGUUCUUGAUGACGUGGAUGACUUGAAACAAAUAUAUGCCUUAGUUGGACAAUGCAGAUCAUGGCUUGGUCAAGGAAGUAGAGUCAUUAUAACAACUAGAAAUGAACAUUUGCUGACACAAGCACAAGUGAAUAAAAAGUAUGAGGUUAGAAAAAUGGAUGAGUUCGAAUCUCUUCAACUUUUCAGCUGGCAUGCCUUUGGAACGGCCCAUCCAAUAGAAGAUUACCUGGACCUUUCGGUUAGUGCCAUGAAUUAUGCUGGAGGACUUCCAUUAGCUCUUGAAGUUCUAGGUUGUUUUUUGUGUAGAAGAAGUGUCAUUGAAUGGGAAAGUGAAUUAAGAAUAUUACAGAAAAUGCCUCACAGCAAGAUUCAAAAAAUACUUAAAAGAAGCUUCGAUUCCCUAGAUGAUAUUAGAAAGAUCAUAUUCCUUGAUAUUGCAUGUUUCUUUGUCGGUGUAGGGGAAGAAUAUGUCAUUACAAUACUUGAUGGUUGUGGCUUCCCAUCCAUAAGCGGGAUUAACAUUCUUGUUCAAAGGGCCCUCCUGAGAAUUGACAAUCAAAAAUUGGUGAUGCAUGAUUUGAUUCGAGAUAUGGGAAGAGAAAUUGUUCGUGAAGAAUCGAAGCAAUAUCCAGGAAAGCGUAGUAGAUUGUGGUUUCACAAUGAUGUUUUGAGUGUAUUGCACAAACAUACGGGAUCGGAAGCAGUGCAGGGUCUCAAGCUGCAUGGACUAGAACAUCUGAAAACGGAAGCAUUUGCAAAUAUGCAGAAUUUGAGACUGCUACAAAUCGAUGGUGUACAUCUCACAGGAAGCUACAAAUAUCUUUCCAAAGAGCUAAUAUGGCUUUGUUGGCAAUUCUGCCCUCUGGAAUUUCUACCUCAAAAUUUUCAUCCAGAGAACCUUGUUGUUCUUGACAUGCGGUACAACAAUCUCAAACAAAUCUGGAAAGAGAACAGGAGAUUCAACAAUUUAAAAUUUCUUAAUCUCAGCUAUUCCAGAACUCUCAUAAAAUCGCCAGAUUUUUUACAAGUCCCACAUCUGGAGAUACUAUUACUUGAAGAUUGCAGAAACUUGGUUGAACUACAUGAGUCUAUUAAACAUCUGAAAGGGCUGGUCCAACUGAGUUUAAGAGACUGCAAGAAAGUUAGAAAUCUUCCAGAAAGCAUUUCUAACUUAAGAUCUCUUGAAAUUCUUAACUUGUCUGGCUGCUUAGAACUUGACAAGUUGCCAGAGAAAUUGGGGAAUUUGGCGACUUUAAAAAAGUUGCUUGCAGACAGAACUGCUAUCAAGCAAUUACCAUCCUCCUUUAAUCUUUUGAGGAAGCUCAAAGCCAUAUCAUUAUUUGGACAUGAAGGAACUUCUUUACAAUCUUGGUUGUCAUGCUUCUCACCGUGGAUUUCAUCACCAAAAUGCUUGAAUCCCAUGAAUUUGGUACGAGCUUCAGUUGUUGGAUUUUGUUCUUUGGGAAAACUAGUCCUCAAUAACUGCAACUUGCCUGAAGCUGAGAAUGCCAUUGAUCUCGGAGGUUUAUCUUCACUCCAAGAAUUGGAUCUAUCAAAAAACGAAUUUUGUAGGCUACCUCAAGGCAUCGGUCGCCUCUCUAAAUUAGGAAUGUUGCGUUUGGAAGAUUGUGCGUCCCUUCACUCAAUUUCAGAAUUCCCAGCAAAUUUACGGAUCCUGUUUGCAAAUGGUUGCUCAUCAAUGGAAAGGCUCUCAUUUUCACCAAGUUCACAAUUAUUUGGUCUUUCCCUCAAUGGCAGCAGUUUCUUGUGAACUCACAUGGCUCCGAUACUUACUACAAGAUUUAUGCAUUCUCAUCCCGGAGCCAGCCACCUUAUAUUGCGACAAUCAGGCUGCUCUCCAUAUUGCAGCCAACCCGGUAUUUCACGAACGAACAAAACACAUCGAACUCGACUGCCACCUUGUUCGCGACAAAAUCACAGCUGGUCAAAUAUCCCCUGCACAUAUCUCAUCUGCCCAUCAACUCGCAGACCUCCUCACCAAACCACUCCACUCUCCUACGUUCAACAAGUUACUAUCCAAGAUGGGAGUUAUCAAUAUUUACUCUCUAUCUUGCGGGGGGUAUCAAGCCUACAGUUGCUACCCAUGCAUACGGAUCCACCUGAUAUAAUACAGAGCACCAGCAUUACAUGAAUGUACAGUUUGUUAGGAUUGUUAGUAUGAUCUGUCACUUUAUUCUUUUAUUCGUUAUUCCAUAUUUGUCGUAUAUAUAGCAGCUCACGCUGUGCAUGUAAAGAUUCAUUCCGUAUGAAUACAAUUCCAUCAUUCAUUCUCGCC